AUAAUUGUAUUUUGUUGUUUGCCUUGCCUAUGACUAACUACCACCUUCCCAACCAUCUGCUAACCACACACUCUUUCAAUGCUCUAAACUUUCUUUCCUUUCUCUCUCUCUCUCUUUAAAUACCCACACCCCUUCGCCAAUCCCACAACUCCAUUUCUCUCUCUCUCUAAAACCCCUCCACAUUGUUGGCAUCCCUCCCACUCGGUGCAUUGCGUGCUUUCCGCAAUGGCGCCAGCUUCUUUCUGGAACUCAUCUAAAACUGUCUGCGUCAUGGAUGCCUCCGGCCGCCUCGGCUCCGCCCUCGUUCACCGCCUCCUCAAUCGCGGUUACACCGUUCACGCCGCCGUCCACAGCCACGAUGAGAUGCAGCGGUACAAGAGGCAAUCGAUGGAGAAGAAGGAGCUGAGAGUAUUUCAUUCGGAUCCAUUGGAUUAUCACAGCAUUUUGGAUGCUCUCAAAGGCUGCUGCGCCUUGUUCUACUCCUUCGAGCUCCCCUCCGAUCACCCUACCUACGAUGAAUUUAUGGGUGAAUUGGAAGUAAGAGCUGCCCACAACGUGUUGGAGGCGUGUGCUCAGACGGACACCAUCGACAAGGUCGUCUUCACGUCAUCGGCUACUGCCGUCGUCUGGAGGGAGCACGACGACGGCCGGACAUCCGACAUCGACGAAAGAAAUUGGAGCAACGUCAACUUCUGCAAGAAGUUUAAGUUAUGGCAUGGGCUGUCGAAGACCGUAGCCGAGAAGACGGCAUGGGCGUUGGCGAUGGACCGGGAGGUGAACAUGGUGUCGAUAAACGCGGGGCUGUUGAUGUACCCCGACUUGAGCAUCAAAGACCCCUACUUGCUUGGGGCCGCCGAGAUGUUCAAGGAUGGCGUCCUCGUCACCGUCGACCUCGAAUUCCUCAUCGACGCACACAUCUGCGUCUUCGAGGACGUUUCCUCGUACGGCCGAUACCUAUGCUUCAACGGCAUCAUCAACUGCAACGACGAUGUGGUGAAGCUGGCUAAGUUGCUCCUGCCAUCAUCGCCGUCGCAAGACAUGUUUGACAAUGACAACGUGCACCAACAGAGGAUAAGCAACAGCAAAUUGCGCAAGCUGAUGGUGAAUUACAAGUCACAAGCAACGAUGAAUGAAUCGAUGGAUUGAUUUGUUAGAGGGAAAAGAACAAAAAGUAUCAACAGUUUACACGCAAGGAGAUAUGAUGCAUUCAUUGGCAUUGUACAUUGCAUAUGUUGAUUGAAAAUGAAAAAAAUUCAAGUCUUGGAUAUAUUAGAAUAUUUUCUAGUGUAGCAUAUUCCCUAUAAAUAUAAUACAUAUACUUACUAUAUAUUGAUACAUGUGAUUCUUUGAACCUAUCAGAAGAAAAGUGUAAAGUGAGUGAUGUGAUGAGAUUAUUCCCUACACUGAACCUAGUAGGUCGUGUAAAGAUGCUACAUCCCAUGAAAUAAUAUAUACACUUAUACCAA